AGCCCUUCAGCGGGUUUGUUUUUAAUUUUGUAUUAAAAGCUUUUUGUAGGUUAUGUUAUGAAUUACUCAUGAGUUCACGUGAGUGGAAGUGAUAGAGAUAUAAUGAAGGAGUGAUUGGCGAAAUUCUAAUUUGGAGUUGUUAGACGUAAUGAGAGGACUCCUGUUACCCUCCCGUUGGUAUUUUGGUUUUGUUUCCAGCACCUGUUUGAUCAAAGAACAAGUCAAAGGUAGAGUUAAAAAAUUUACAGUUUUCAACAAACCACAAACUUUUAAUUAUUCUUCCUCAACUGGAAUCAAGGGCGCUUUAAGCACUCAUUGUGAUAACAUGUACCGUGCACCAACUUUAUCGGAAGUGGUCAAGCAAUUAGAAGAAUUUGCACCUUUGUCACUGGCUGAACCCUGGGAUAAUGUGGGACUUUUACUGGAGCCUGCUGAGCUCAAACCAAUCGAAACGAUUUUUUUUACAAAUGAUCUGACUGAACUUGUUUUAGAAGAAGCGAUAGAGCAGUCUGCAGAUUUGAUUAUAUCUUACCAUCCACCUCUUUUCAAAGCUCUCAAAAGAAUAACUCAGAAGACUUGGAAAGAAAGAAUAGUUUCAAAAUGUCUGAAGGAGGGAAUAGCUGUUUACUCUCCUCACACCUGCUGGGACACAGUCUAUGGAGGAGUGAAUGAUUGGCUUUUAUCAGGACUACCUGCAGGGAUUUCUACACCCAUUAUCCCCAACAAAACUCAUAGCUCCAGUGACUUUCAGCUUCAGCUGGAACUGAACACCUCACUUCAGGACGAUGUCAAUUAUUUAGCCAUUAAAAAAUUCGUUACCAAUCAUCCAGGAUCUAGUAGGUUAAUUUUUGAUGCUGAGGGGAAGUUAGAGUCAGUUCUCAUAUCCGAUGCACUACUUGAGAGGUUUGAAGAGGAAACUAACUAUCCCAGUUAUACGAGUUCAACAGCACCGAAGGAGUUAAGCUCUGAUGGAGGCACUGGAAGAAUUCUUCAGUUGUCUAAGCCUAUCACUAUUCAAGAAAUUGUCGACCGUGUAAAGGACCAUUGUGGUUUGCAUGAGGGUAUACAAGUUGGACUUGGAGUAAAUCACUCUCUAGAUUCCAAAGUGACUAAAAUUGCAGCCUGUGCUGGAUCUGGGUCAUCUGUCCUCAACGGCAUACCAGCAGAUGUAUACUUGACAGGGGAGAUGUCUCAUCAUGAUGUUUUAGAGGCCAGCCAUAACAACGUCUCAGUAAUUUUAACCCAUCAUAGUAAUUCCGAACGAGGCUUCCUGGACAUUUUCUCUGCAAAAUUAGCCGAUGCACUACAUGCCAAAGAACUACAUGCUGAAACAUAUGUCUCCGAAAAGGAUUGUGAUCCUCUCACGAUCACGUCAUGAACUGUCUUUUAAGAGCACUUAUUAUUUUAAGAUAUGGUAUCAAAGAAAAAACCUCUUUAUUUUUGUUUUUUUUUUAUCAUAAAUGUGCUAUUUUCACCAUA